UGAAGAUCAAAGCAUGGAAAUUUAAAGCAUGAAAAAGAAGCAGCACCGCGUCCAAUUCCUGCCAGUGACACUUUUUUUCCUCCUCGCGCGUACAGACAAAGGAAUCGCCAGCCAACACCAUCCCAUUUAUACCCGCCUCCGCCUCAGCCUCGGGCCUCCAUUAUCGAUCUCGGCCUAGGAAUUCUCAGCACGAGAUGAGACGGUGAGCUUCGACUGCAAGCGAGCAGACGAGAGGCUCCAUCCCAACUCAAAAAGGACGAAGCUUUAAUGGCGCUCUGCUGUUCUUGCGUCUGCUACUGAGAAGAGCCCAGCCCUCGCAUGCCUUCUUUAGACUGUUUAAUUUCCUUCGAUGGUAGCGCCUUUUUGAGGCAUUGAAUUGAAGAGGACAAGGUGGGAGGCGAAGGAGCGGCAGAUAAACGAAGCUCGCAUUCAAAGCACUAUCCGCUUUUGAUUCGCUUCCAGAACACACCACCGCCACCACCACCGAUUCUUUCUUCUUUAUAUCCUUCUCUGCUUUCUUGGUGAAGUAAUGACAGUUCAACCUCAGCGCCCCUGGGACUUGGUGCUCAUCGAUAGGUGGGAUUUUGAUGGCAGAGAGAUGGAGUUGCAGCCAUCGGCGCCGGGUUUCCUUCAUCCUUCCGCGGUGUUGAUGCCCGAUGGAGCGGCGCCGAAAGGAGCCAAAAGACGUAGAGAUGCUGCCGGCGCUCCGGCGGGGGCGCUGCCCAUGGGGCAUGGCCGCUCCGGUAAUAACUCCGCGCUGUUUCCACUUCCGGGGGUAGUGCACCUUCAUGAGGAACAAAACCAACUGCGCACCGUCGUCUCGACUGGCCUCCGCCUCUCGUCUGCCUCUAUUCCUCCUAUCCUAUCUGAAGAGCUCGCUGUUCAUAUAAAGCGAGACAAGGAUGAAAUCGAGCAGUUCAUUAACGCGCAGGGCGAGCAGCUGCACCGGACGUUGGCGCAGAGACAGCGGCGGAACUACUGUUCUUUAAUUAGCGCAGCGAAAGAUUCGAUCGCGCGGAGGCUGAGAGAAAAGGAGGCGGAGCUGGAGCAGGCGGCGCGGCGGAGCGCCGAGCUCGAGGGCCGUCUCGCCCACCUUCGAACCGAGUCGAUGGCGUGGCAAGCGAAGGCCAUGGCCAACCAGGCGAAGGCCGCUACUCUUCAUGCGCAGCUGCAACAGGCCAUUUCCGCGGCCGCUACCACGCCGGUCCAGGCGGCGGGAGAGACCCGCCGCGGGGGGUCGACGCCUUCGGCCGAGGACGCCGAGUCGGCCUUCGUCGACCCGGAUCGAGUCGAUCCGGAAAGAGCUUGCCGCUUGUGUGGGCGGAGGGAGGCGGCGGCGGUACUCCUCCCCUGUCGCCAUCUCUGCCUGUGCGAGCUCUGCGACAGCGGGCCGACCCCGGUCGAGUCGUGCCCGGUUUGCCGCUGUGUUCGAACCGGAAGCGUCCGAGUCUUUCUUGCCUAAUACGAAUAUAAAAAAAUGUGUAAAAAAAAAAAAUCUUUUUUUCAGAGUCUUGUGAGAUUUUUAUAUUUAUUUUAGUUGGUUGAAAUAUGAUUUUUUUUCAU